GGAACAUGGCGGAGGAGCUGGAGGUUGUAGAUGUUGAGGGAGAAGGAACCGAGGUGAAUUUAAGCAGGGACUCUGAGGAUGGAGGUGUCCUUCAGGAUCAGUAUUUGCAGUCGGUCUGGAAGGCUAACAGUGGCAUUUUACCCUGGACUUUAGACAGUUCCAUCAGUGCAGAGAACAGGGAAGCCAUUGAGAAGAUGCUGCUGGAAGAGGAAUAUUAUCUGGCUGGUAAGGAACUGCCCAAAAACCUCUGGACUGGUGAAAAGCAGAGAGUUAAAAAGUCUCCUGUGAAACCGGUGGGACAACCUGUUCGCUGGGCUCAGGAAGAGAAGGAUCUUUUUGAGAAAGGACUAGCUCAGUUUGGUCGGAGAUGGACAAAAAUUGCCAAGAUGAUUGGUAGCCGCACUGUUCUGCAGGUCAAGAGCUACGCCAGGCAAUAUUUUAAAAAUAAGGCUAAAAUUGAUAACCCAUUGCUGAAGACCUCAGAAGUGUCUUGGGGGUCCAUGAGUGAACCUGCAUCAAAUGUAAAGUGGACAUCUGGAAAGUCAGCUGAAGAUCGCAGUGCUGUGCUGUCCAAUGCGGUGAGGAUUGAGAGGUUGUCCGAUGAUGAAGAUGUGGACGUCACGGAUGACCUUAGUGAUGAUGCUGCUCCCUGGGAAAGCCAGCCAGAUCUGUCUGAGGCGACAUCUUUAGAGGGCCCCCACAACCAAACCAAUGCAUCCUUCUCCACCCAAAAUUCCAAGCCUUCCUUAUCCACAGAGCUGUCCCAUGAUGCAUUGCCCAGUGGGGCCAAAGAAGGGUCUGCAGAUACACGUUGUGACGCCACACCUGUUGUUGAAGAAGAUUCUGAAUUAGCCAAGCCUGACAGCCCAGGUGAAAUGUCCAUGUCCGAGAUGGAAGGAAAAGAAGAAACAGGCCAGAUAGAGCCAGUGAUAGGGCUGGAUGUGGAGUUUGAGGAAGACCUGAAGGUCCCAGAGCAGGAAGUGCAGCUGUGCAGAUUGGACAUCACAGAGGAGGAGAAGCAGGCAAUCUCUGAGUUCUUUGAAGGCCGUCCAUCCAAGACCCCGGAAAGAUACCUCAAAAUCAGGAACUAUAUCCUGGACCAGUGGGAGAAGUGUAAACCUAAGUACUUGAACAAGACAUCGGUACGGCCUGGCCUUAAGAACUGCGGUGAUGUUAACUGCAUUGGUCGAAUACACACCUACCUGGAGCUCAUUGGGGCCAUCAACUUCAACUGCGAGCAGGCAAUUUACAACAGGCCCAGGACAGUGGAGCGCUCCCGAGCAAAGGAAGCCAGGGACACUCUGGAGGCAUACCAGCUUGCUCAGCGGCUACAGUCCAUGCGCUCAAGGAAGCGGCGGGUACGAGAUGUGUGGGGAAACUGGUGCUACCCAAAAGAUUUGGAAGGACACACGUAUGAGCACCUCAGUGCAGAGGAGCUUGCCAAGAGGAGAGAGGAAAUGAAGAAGCAGGCCAAGCCGGUCAGGGUCCCCAGGCAGAGAGGCUCCUUUGACCCAUUUCAGCUCAUCCCCUGCCAGGCCUUUGGUCAAGAGAAGCAGGAACCGUUUCAGGUGCUAGUUUGUGCAGAGGCUCUGGUUGUUAUGGACAUGCAUGCACAUGUGUCCAUGGGCGAAGUCAUUGGGCUCCUGGGAGGAGGUUAUACCGAAGGCGAGAAAGUGUUGAAGAUCUGUGCUGCAGAGCCCUGUAACAGCUUGAGCACAGGGAUGCAGUGUGAAAUGGAUCCAGUGUCUCAGACCCAAGCUUCAGAGCUCCUGGCUGGGCGGGGUUACAGUGUAGUGGGCUGGUACCACUCCCAUCCUGCCUUUGACCCCAACCCAUCAGUUCGUGAUAUUGACACACAGGCCAAGUACCAGAGUUACUUCUCCAGAGGUGGAGCUCCCUUCAUUGGGAUGAUCAUUAGCCCAUACAACCCCAGCAACCCCUUGCCUUACUCCCAGACCACUUGCCUGGUGGUGAGCGAAGAACAAGGACCCUCAGGAUCUCACAAAAUUCCUUUCAGGUUUGAGAUCCACCAGUCACAUGAGGAGCCAGACUGGGCCCAGAUCAUGAGAAGGGCAGAGUGGGUGGUGCACAAAUACAAACAGUGUCACGGCAGUGUGCCCAUGGAUAGGUUUUUCCGUAGAGAUUCUCAUCUCACCUGUUUAGAAAAAAUGCUGGCUUCACUGAGGAAGUUCCUGGAGCAGCUCGAAGAUUGUGCUGUGACCGCAUUCCUGGCCCAGAUUGAGAGUCUCUUUCUCUCCAAGUUCUUGACUGUUAACAUGACUGAACAAGAUGACAUGCAUGCAUUAAGUCCACAUGCUGAGUUGAUUGAGGCCUUUAGAUUCUCUGCAUCGCAGUCAGACAGCAGGGAAGAAUUGCUAGCGUCCCAGGCACUUAGAACAGAAACAUUAGCCUUUCGAGAAUCAGACAGUCUCGAUGGGGUCUUUAGUGUGCUGCCAGUAAAUACAGACCAAGUCUAAGGUGUUGCUUGGGGACUCUAUUGUCCUGUCAAAAAGCCAGUUACAUGUCAGAAUUGAAAGUUUUAUACAGCAUCAUUACCCUUUUACCCAUGUCAUACUGAAAGAAAUUUAUUUUCCUUUUUUGUAAAUUGACAUGAAUGUGGUGAAUUUAAAUUGUUAUAUGUAACUCUUAGGUUAUGUAAAUUUUCUAAGAAUGAACUGUAUUAUGUGGCUUAAAUGGUACAAAUCAGUAUUAAUUGAAUAACUGUGGAGAGAAAAUGGGUACACAUCAUGGUCCACCACAGAUACGAGUGUAUAGCCUCAUCUUCCCAUCUGGUCUGAUGUGGAAUUUUCAGCAGGGUGUGUAGAGGACAGAUGAUUAGUUUGGUCUUCAUACUUACCUUAGUGUAUCGAUACUUGCAAAGCUGGGACACUUUUAUAAAAUUGUGAAUUAAAGCAACUGGCAUGGUUCUAAAAAAAUGAUAUUGAUUUAACAUUUUCAGCCCAUACUUAAAAAUCCAACUAACGCAAAAUGUAUUCAUAUUUAAAUAUGGAACAUACUCAACAGUGAAAACAUAAUAAAUUCAAUAUAUUUAUGGACUUGGA